AUGCCUGGUACCCUGAGCCAGGAGGUACAAGGCGUGAGGCACAGUGGCCAAGAGGAAGCCAUGAGGCCUUGGCCGAGCAUUUUCUUGCUUCUGAUCCUCAGGGUCAAAGCAUCAUUGAUGAGCAGUGUUCCAGAGAUUAAUGACAUCGAAUUUAUCCACGAAUGUGUGGAGAUGCACAAUUUGCUCCGGACACAGCUUAGGCCGCCAGCAGCCAAUGUCCAGUACAUAACUUGGGAUGAGGGUUUGGCAAAAACUGCCAGGGCCUGGGCAAAGAAAUGUGUUCCUGGAGGUAAUACUCAUUUAGAACAACUGAGAAAAUCUCACCCUGUUUUUAGUGGCCUUGGUGAAAAUAUAUGGACUGGGCCUAGUAAUGAAUAUUCUGCAACUAUUGCUAUCAGAAGUUGGUUCAGUGAAGCCAGGUUCUACAAUUUCGAAAAUAAUUCUUGUUCAGCAGUGUGUUCUCAUUAUAUUCAGCUUGUUUGGGAUACUACCUUCAAAAUUGGCUGUGCUGUUAUUGAAUGUCCUAGUGUUGGAACUGUUCUAAAUGCAGCACAUUUCAUAUGCAACUAUGCACUAAGUGGGAAUACUAGGAGGAGGCCUUAUAAAGCAGGAAGAUUUUGUACUGAAUGUGACAAAGAAGAUAAAUGCCAGGAUAUGCUAUGCAGUAACAAGACGCGUGAGAAAAUUGCACAUUAUCCUUACUGGUAUCCAGAGUGGGAAGUACCUCGACCACUUGUGUGUGAUCCCCGAUGUAUAUUUUGUUUAGUAUUUAGACUCUUUUUAUUUUUAGUCACUGUUGCAAUAGUUUUCCUAUUACAGCAUAAAUUUCCAAAUAUACAGUUAGAAAAAGAUCUAUUGUUGGCUGAAAUAUUAGCACAAAAACAAGCAAAGAAAGUAGAAUCAGAGAGUAAUAGCACCAAAUCAGAUGUUAAGCCUAAAGGAAGUAGCCAAAGCUUGAAGGAAUAGAGAAAGGCCAUAGAAUCAUUGAGCCUAAGAAGUAGGAAAUGUUUGCAGGCUGAACUCCCGCUGGUGAAUGACGGUGGUGCUGCAACCUUUGAGGAAGCUUAUGUGCUCCCGACACAAGUGGAUGCCAACACUUGCCUGCUAGCUUGA